AUGGCUGAUUCAACCAGCAGCAGCUCUGACUCUUCAUCACCGUCAUCAUCCAACAACUCCUCCUCUUCCUCUCUCAGAGACCUCACAAACUCAGAGACCUCUCACACUCAGAACCGCCUCAGAGACAUCACACACUCAGGUAGAACCGCCUCAGACCUCUCAAACUCAGUUAGAACCACCUCAGACCUCACACACUCAGCUGUUCAGCUCGUUCACUGGAAACAACCAAAGAAAUCUGCCGCGGCUUUCGGCCUAUCGCUGCUGGUUCUGGUCUCCGUGGCAACGCUGUCCGUCAUCAGUGUGGUGUCCUACCUGCUGCUGGCCUGCCUCUGCAUCACCAUCACAUUCAGGGUUUAUAAAUCUGUGAUCCAGGCCGUCCAGAAGUCUGAUGAAGGCCAUCCGUUCAAGUCUCUGUUGGACCGGGACAUCUCUCUGUCCCCGGAGACGGUCCGGAUGCUGGCGGAUCAGAGUCUGGUUCAUGUGAACUGGUUGAGCAGUCAGACCAGGAGGCUGCUGCUGGUGGAGGACCUGGUGGACUCUCUGAAGCUGGCUGCUGCCAUGUGGGUGAUGACGUAUGUUGGAGCCAUCUUUAAUGGCAUCACCAUCCUCAUCCUCGCUGACAUCAUCUUCUUCACCACACCGCUCAUCUACCAGAAGAGAAAGGAACAGAUUGAUCAACACAUCGAGAAGAUUCGGUCCAGAGUGGAGGAAACGCUGCAGAAGCUACAUGACAGGUUACCAGGAGCGGUGAAAAGAGCCAAAGCUGAGUGA